AUGCGAACAUUUGUCUCAAUAGCCCAGAACACAUGGGAAAUUUUUAUAUCUGAAAGGAAGCCUGGCUGGAAGUCUUGGAUGAAGCUUUUUGGACUUUGCUUUGCAGUUGGCUUCCUCUCCAGCUUUCUUUUUUUCCUUGGCAUGCACUUCUCCCUGGCACACCACUCUUUGGGUCCCUUACUGAUUUCUGGAUUCAUCUGGAUCUUGUUUUCUAUCAUGCUCUUCUGUUUCAAGCACCUGCGCUGUUUUAGUGUCCUGUUCCUUUUUUCCUGUGGACUGAAAAAUGGCAGGAACACUCUUAUUACUGCUGGCACAGGUGUCAUGGUGGCCAACAACAUCCAAAAUAUUUUUCACAACCUAAAGGUUCUGGCAGACACCAUAACCUGUCAUUUGAAGCAUGAGCAAUUUGCCUUGAUAAAAUAUUAUGUUGAGGCAGUGAAAUGGAUUUACGAGUCAGCCAAGCUUUCCACUGUACUACCUAAAGAUAUAGUGAUCUUAAAGCAUGAAUUCACACCAUCUUAUUCGAUUUCAGAUGAUGCAUUAAAACAAGAGCUAAAUGACACAAAGCAAGAAAUCCAGAGAGUUGCUAACCAGAUAUAUUUUAUGCUGACUAUACUACCCUACAUAGGCCAGAAAGUGUUGCCUGUCACUGGGAUUUUUCUAGUUUCUUUUGGAACUGGCCUCUUUAUCAAAAAAUUUUUGGGUUCUCACAGUACCAAAUUUAAAAAUACUUAUAUCACAAAAGAGUUCAUUGCAUUUGAUGAGCACCAAAAGCAACAGCAAAAACCAUGUCUUUUGCCACUUAACAGAAAAGAAAGAAAAGAUUAUGUGACAAUCCCAUCUUUCUGCUUCACAAGAAAAGACAGGAAAAAAAUGCUGUAUUUUUUUCUCCCUGUAAUUAUUCAUCUUUGCAUCUGGCUUCUGUUUGCUGCAGUAGACUAUUUGUUUUAUUGGUUAAUUAUUUCUGUGAAUAAAUAUCUCCAAGAAGUACCGGAUCUAGAGAUUCAACUCAGCCUCUCUCAGAAUAGGAAUGAGAUUAUUAUUCAUAUCGCAAAGCAUAUUGCAAAGACUGAUUCUUUCAAGAUCCCUUUGUUUAAGCGUGACUGCAUCCCUCAUCCAGAGCUUGCUCUCUCCACGGCAUGGAUCCACCUCGGGGUCAUCAUCUUCUUCUUAAUAACUUUUGGAUUAUUCUCUGGCCUCCUGACCCAACUUAAAAUACUCGUGUCAACUUCUUUUUAUCCUGAUGCUGCGAUGAAACGGAUACAUCAUUUGCAUGCAAAAUUACUCAAGAAAAGAGCAAAGGUACAAGAGAAAACUGUGAAGAACAUGUUUGCUAGAAGGGUCAGUUUUUGGUUUCCAAUACUCAAAGCAACAGAGGCAGUGAGGAAGAAAGAAAGGAGUGUGGCAAAAUGACAACAUGGUGUGAAAAAGACCGAGUGAAUCUUUGGAUAUGGCUGAAAUGCU